AUGUCGGCCUACCCCCACCCACAAGCCACCUCGCCUCCCACCAUGCCCUCCUUCUACUACGGAGCAUUCCACCCGUCGCCACAGCCCGCCCGCGAGCCCCAACCGGCGCCACCCGUGCUCCCUCCCCCGAAGCCCCAGUACCCCCCGACCGAGGUGAACACGUCGGGCAAGUACAGCGAGAAGCGUACGCCCGAGCUCGCCGACGUGUCCCUCCGCAUCAAGGUCGAGGGGUACGACAAGGCGGCCGUGCUGCGCGAGUUCAAGGUCUCGGCCAACGAGGUCGUCGGAGCGGUCGUGUCGCUCGCGCCGCCCAAGGUCGCUGUGACGGCCGGCUCGCUCGUCGACAGCGAGUGGCCGAUCAAGAACCCCGACAAGGCGAUUGUCCGCUGGAGCACGGGCCAGCUGUCCAGCCGCUCGUGGGAGGAGAUCCAGAGCAGCGAGACGACGACGACUACCAGCCAGGGCGGAUUCAGCAUCAUCUCUACUCAGGUGGGGACGUCGGUCGAGAAAACCGAGUACACCAAGAUCCGCAAGUACUCUACGAGCCAGACGCUCUCGAUCACGUUCCACGACUUUGACGCGCUCGAGGUGUUUGUGACCCGCGUCACGGCGCAGAAGAACGUCGAGUUCGACUCGAUCGGGUGGCGCAUCUCGGAUGCUAAGCGCAAAGACCUCGAGGCGAGCGUCAUUGCCGGCGCGGUGCUCGAUGCCAGGGCGCUCGCGCACAAGCUCCUCGCGCCGCUGGUGGACGCCCCGCCGCGCCUCAAGGCCGUCGAGAUCAACAACGGCGGCGGAGACUCGCGUCGCAUCGCUUACAUGUCUUCGGCGCCGGCGAGGGACUACAACAACUCGCGCGACGAGGACGAGCCCAAGAUCAACUUUGAGCCCGAGCCCAUUGCGCACGAGCACAGCGUCAAUGUCAAGUGGGUCGUGGUGGAGUAG